ACCACUAGGAAAGGAAAAGGAAUGUGAUGUGUACGCACCUUGUUGUGUUUUUCCUAAUGGAGGUUCAUUGAUGAUGCUUUCGCCAUUGAUGAGUCGUUGACGGAACGAAAGAAAGAAGGAAUAGACUGUGACGCAAGAAAACCCGAAAAAGCAUCAAGCAUCCUCUCUCUGUAAUGCGAAGCCAAGAAUGCAUUUGAUUCCAAUAUACUUAUAACUAUUUCAUUUCAUUUCAUUUUCCAUUCAACCAAACAAAAUUUCUCUCCAUUAAAAGCACUGAUUUCCUCUCUCUCUCUCUCUCUCUCUCUCCUCCAUCUCAACCCUCCGAUCUCUCUCUCUGUCUCUCUCUCUGUCUCUCUAAACUCUUUCUCACGCGGCUUUGGUACCACUUCUCUCCAGCACGAGGCCGUGUGUGAAGAACCAGCUUUAAGGAGUCCAAUAAGACUAGUUCUAGUUUGGAGCUCACUGUCAAGGGAGCUGUCAAGUUACCUGGCUUGCAAACACACGGAAUUAAUGCAAAGAAAAAUUUCUUUACUGGGUAGCAGCAUCAACUGCAUGGCCCUCCAUGAUGAUUUGGCAUAAAUGGAAGAAGUUCUUCAAGAAAUACUCCAAGUUUUUGCUGGGGAUUGAUGCCAUAUUCUUCAAUGGCAGACUUGAAAGGCGCCCACCGUCCAGACAUAUCUUAUAGGCGUAUACGACCCUCUGAUUUAGAGGUGCUUGAGAAAAUCCAUAAUGAUCUAUUCCCCGUCAGUUACGAGUCUGAGUUCUUCCAUAAUGUUGCUAAUGGCAAUGGUAUUGUAUCCUGGGGAGCAGUUGACCGCAGUCGGCCCAACAAUCAAAGUGAUGAACUUAUUGGAUUUGUCACAACACGAAUCCUUGUGGCAAAAGAUAGCGAGAUAGAAGAUUUGUUCAGAACUGACUCUCCAGACUCAGAUCAAACACUAGUUUAUAUUCUGACAUUGGGAGUGGUAGAAUCUUAUAGAAACCUUGGCGUAGCUACUGCACUUAUUCGAAAAGUUAUCAAAUAUGCCUCAAGGAUUCCAACGUGCCAAGCAGUUUACCUCCACGUGCUUUAUUACAAUAACUCCGCCAUCCGUUUGUACCAGAAAAUGUCUUUCCAGUGUGUGCGAAGGUUGUCUGAUUUUUAUUUCAUUAAUGGCCAGUAUUAUGAUUCAUUCUUGUUCGUCUUCUUCAUGAAGGGAGGUCUAUCUCCUUGCUCACCAUUGGAGCUUGUGACACUAAUGAUGACUUACCUAAGGAGUGGACUUAAGCUGGUGGCUGGAAAGCUAUGGAAAAACAAAGGUAAGAGGGUCUCUAGAUGGCCUAAUGGUAAAGAAAACAGUGGUCUCGUAACAGCAAUGCAAACCAAGAGAAUCCCUGUGACUGAUGGUACCGAGUUUUAGCGUGUUUAAUCCCUUUUUAAAUUUUAUAUCCCAUUUCCGAAAUCUUCCCUUGUUAACAGCCAAGCAAAUAAACAAUGCCUCAAUUGUAUGUAAUUAAUUGAAUGCUCUGAAUUAUAGGGUUGUGUUUACGAUUAUAAAUUUGUUUGUACCAAGCUGAAUCACAUUGUGUGGUGUACAUUAAUAUUGUUUUUCUUUUAAUUGGAAAUUUCUGGGUGCUCAAAAUACUUAAAAAUGCAUUUCAGGAUGAUUCUUCA